UUAACGUAUUGCACUAGUUCAGCAGUGCAGCUAAAAAGAACAGACCUACUGUAGCGGCUAAACGUAAACAGAACGAUAGCCAAGUUUAACCUAACACAACACAAGUUAUAUUUUUGUUUGACAUUGACGAGGCGAGAGUAUCAAAUAUUAUGAUGGAUUGUUUAAAGCAGCCGGUAUUCAUGGUCGGAAGCAUGGAUAAAAAUAUUAACUUUGCACUGCCGCCCAGUUCCGGGGAAGAAUAUCUUCAACGAGUAAUAAUGGAAGCUAAACAAUGUGACGAUGUGGUAGUGGCUGAUAUAGAUCCAUCUUGCAUGAAGGAACCUACAAGAGGUUACUUUGUGCCCUUACCAGGGUGCGUUGAAGCACCACCGAAGCUCGGCCCGACCAUAGAGUGGCAGCACCACCAAGUUUCCGAGUUCUCCAAACUGAGAUUGUACGUGAGCAAUUUGAAGUAUGCGAUAAGCAUAGAUAAACGCAAGUGGAAGCCACCUGAUCUUAAUUUGCCAGACAUAAACGAAAAAGAAGUUUGGAUCAACCUCUGCCUAGACCGUGACAACGAAAGCAAUAUUCAACCCACGUUGAACACACUCUUCUGUUUCAAGCAGUCGACUAUAGAGCAAAUACUCGAAUACUUGGUACAGUUCGUGGAAACUGAAAGAAGAGUCGAGUACAAAGUGGGCCUAUGGAUCUACACGUUAUUGGUGAUCUUGGAGCAACCGUUGCAACCUGACGUGUGUUACUGUCUGCGCUCGUUGGCGCGAGCGUGUUCUGCCAUCCGUGCUGAUUCUGUAUUUUAGCGUAAGAUAUGAUCCCGUUGACCGCAUUGAGUGUGAAGGCACAAUGUACUGUCCAUGAAAAGAGACUAGAUAUCAUCGAUCUAUUUUUCAAUUACAAGAUAAUAUUGAUUCUUUUAAUUCCAAGAUAUUAGUCUAGUACAAAGAAAAGGUCAGGUGAGCGUUUAAUCCUAGUUACAUUACAUGUAUUCUCUCUUAGUCACACUGACGUGCUCGUGGUGUCGGUAGCACGAAACGAUGUACGGCGGAGGAAGAGACGGGUGGGAAACGCCUAAUUUCUAUUAACAAAACAUUUUUAUUGCAUAACUUCCUGUUGUUUACUCUAUUUACGCUGUUGCAAUCUUGUCCUCGGCGAGUUAGAAAAAGGUUUCGGGCGACAUUAGAAACACACGCAUCUUCGUCGGAUUACAAAAGGUUGAGAAAAUAACGGACUGAACUUUUCUUCUACGCUUAAACUAGCUCAUCGUGUCUCGUUGGUAUCUACAAAAAGUUUAUGUCAGAAUUUGCUAACGCUAUUCUCCUCCUUUUCUUUUUUUUUCAGAGAGAACUGAGCGCGAGGGAGCUAGGGGCGCUGAAUUUAUUUAUCUGCCUGGUGGCCAGAUACUUCCACGAGUUGGAUCUGGCCGAUCCUUAACAGUUUAUCAUCCGUUAACGCACAUCCAAUACGACACAUCCUUAUGGCACGAUGUGACACGUGCAUCUCUUUCUGUAUAGCAAAUACAAUAAACUAAAUUACUUUAAACC